UGGAGAGAGAGAGGGAGAGAGGGAGAGAGAGACUACGGGCUCCGGAUCCUGGAGGCGCGGCUUCUUUGCGCCAAGCUGCCGCUGAGCGAGCUUUGCGCACACACGGAGGUUUGCGCAUCUGGUCGUCAUCAUCAUCAUCAUCAUCAGCUCAGCAGCAGCAGCUCUUCCUGCUCAGAUGUGACUCAGUCAGAGUGGGAAGAGAACCACUUCUUCUCCUCCUUCUUCUUCUCCUCCUUCUCCUUCUUCCUCCUCCAGGACGCGUUAGAACGCGGCGCCUCUUGCAGCAGGAACACGGAGCCGCCGCCGCCGCGUCUCUUUCUCCCGUGGAUGGAUUGUCCGGAUCGACUUUGAUCGACUUUGAUCGGCUUUGAUCGGGGGGAGACUCGGGCGAGGAGAGAGAAUCUGAAGUUUGUGUGAGCCCCGCGCGGCUGGUGUGGAUGUGACCAGAGCCGCCUCCUGCUCCGCUCGGACCUCAGCCCCGACCCGAGCUUCCAUCCUCCGCCUGUUUCCUGGAGACGCGGCUGCUCAUGCACGGAUCUACCUGUGGUUCUUCCCCUUAACGCUUUUCCUGUUUUUUUUCUUUUCUUUUCUUUUUUUUUCUUUUUUUAAAUUCCGCUGUUGCGUCAUGACUUCUAGCUAUGCUCAUGUAAUGGACAGGCAAGCCACGAUAUCAAACCGCCUGGAGAGUCCGAUCACGUCGAACCUGGACAACCUGCAAGCCAAGAAGAACUUCUCGGUCAGCCACCUGUUGGACCUGGAGGAGGCCGGGGAGAUGGUCGGCACGCAGGCGGACGAGAGCGUCGGGGAGGCGGGGAGGAGUAUGCUGGAGUCCCCGGGGCUGACCAGCGGGAGCGACACGACCCAGCAGGAGAAUGAACAGAUGAACACGGAGGAGAAGAAGAAGAGGAAGCAGCGCAGGAACAGGACCACGUUCAACAGCAGCCAGCUGCAGGCUCUGGAGCGGGUGUUCGAGAGGACGCACUAUCCGGACGCCUUCGUCCGAGAGGACCUGGCCCGCAGGGUCAACCUCACCGAGGCCAGAGUCCAGGUCUGGUUCCAGAACCGAAGAGCCAAGUUCCGCCGGAACGAGCGAGCCAUGCUGGCCAGCAAGAACGCCUCCCUCCUCAAGUCCUACUCCGGAGACGUGACGGCGGUGGAGCAGCCCAUCGUGCCCCGGCCCGCGCCCCGCCCCAACGACUACCUGUCCUGGGGCAGCGCCGCCCCCUACAGCUGGUACCCGAUGCCGGAGGGGGGGCCGGUGCGAGUGCCACAGAAAAUGCUGCCCUCAGAGAACAACACCAUGGCCACCUACCCGCCCACCUGCUCCAACACCAACACGUCCCAGGGCAUGAACAUGGCCAACAGCAUCGCCAACCUGCGGCUCAAAGCCAAGGAGUACAGCUUGAACCAGGUGCCCACGGUCAACUGAGAGGAGGAGGAGGAGGAGGAGGGAGGAUGCUCACCUGCUGGGAUGAGCGUCGUCUCACGUCGUAACCCGCCCCCCCACCAAACACCACCACCACCACCACCUUUUGGAUCUUUCCCCUCAUGUACGUAGAGCGAUGGACGCCGAGAGGCCGGCGGAGCAUCACUGAACUCAAAGAGACGUCGGGACCAAACGUCUGUUUUCAGACAGAGAAAUUUCACCGAGACUCAUGAGUGGACUACACGGAAAACCUCUCUGUCCCUUUUUAUUCCUGCGCUGUUGGAAAAAAAAACUGGGAUCAGCUCCUUUUUCUUUUCUAACUCAACAACAAAGGACUUCCUCUGACAUUUAUCCAUAUUUUUUAAUUUUUUAAAUUUUUUUUUCACACAUUUUCUAUCCAUGUUAUACCACUGACAAGAAAACAGAUUUUCCUGUAAUAGUCCAGUAUAAAGCAGAGGCUAAUGUAUUGCUAAAUCCAAAACCAGUAGAUAAUAAUUUUUUUUUUCUUAUGAUAUCCUUUUAUUUGUUUUAUUUGUAACAGAAUGAUAAUAAUAAAAAAAAAUGUAUAUUAAUAAAAAAUGCGUUUGAAGCAGA